AUGCCGUGGGAUCGUGGCCUCUCGGAAGACGAAGUUCGCGCGUAUCUCUUGCAUCGGGUGACGCCGCAGAGGCUCGAGAUGGAGGCGCCUUUGGAGGUUUGGCAGGCUUGUCUCGCAAGGGCCGGGGGCGGUAGCGCCCUUGCGCGAUCGGCAUCGGCCUGGCUGCUGGAUGUGCUCACAGGCCCUGUGGGCAUUCGAGCAGGGCCGGGAAGAAUGGCCCUACCCCGGCCCGAAUCGGGCACAGGAGGAGGCACAGCUCUCCAUUUCGAGCCUGUCGCUCGGUCCGAGUAUGCUGCCACGCGAGUAGAGGCCGAAACUGCGGGCAACGUGCGCGUGCUCUUCGAGGAAACGGAGGAAGGGGCGACGAUGCGGGGAGAACGAGUGGAGAAGCUGCCGGCGAAGGAUGCGAAGUCAAUGAACCUGAGUUGGGACUGGCUGCAGAUCUACUUGCCAUUCAGCUUGCAGAAAAUCGACCGCGUUACCUUCGGCAUUAUGUCCUCGGAGCAGGUUGCAGCUGCUCUGGCGGAGCAGCCUUUGAUGCCCCUGACCCGAGCCAAGCUGGCGAUUCCUUUCGUAGGCAAAGACGUACCGUCCCAGUCCAGUGAGUUCGCCCAUCCCGAUGUGGUCAUUGGCCUCACGAUCUUGGCGUAUCGCUACGAGGGCCUCCGACGCGAGGAUUUCGACGAAGUGCUGGGCAUGUUGUGCGAUCGCCUCGAAGCCGAAGCCGGCGCAGUCCUUGAGAGGCCAACGUCGCUGCUUUGGCGCACUUGGGUUGAGGAGUCCGGUGCCGACUUCUGCGUGAAGCAGGCAGAGCUGGACGCUCAAACUUCUGCAGAGGUUUUGGGCUUGGAGGAGGGCGACGUGCAGAUGAGCAAGCCCGAUCGACUACGACCGCGGGUGUUGCCGCUGCAUCUCCUGGAAAGACGGAAUGAGGCCAACAUGGCUCAGCUCUUCGAGCUUCUUCGCAAGCUGCCCUCGGCGGUACAUUUCUACCUGGAGCAGUCGGUGUUCCCGCAGUUUAUGCGCUUCCAAGAUGAGAAGCUGUCGGCUUCCGGGCAGGAUCUGGGAGGCUCCAUCCUCUUUGGGCAGCGCAUCGGCUUCUCCGGAACUCCUUCAGACCUGAUGCCCCGCGAGUUGGGGCAGUGCGACUACGAACCAGGCAGCGAGGGCGAAAUGGUCAGCACCAUGACGGACACGCAGGUUGUGACCUUCGAAGCCGUGCAGCCAGGAGAUGACGCGGAGAGCCUGCUGGGUCAUGAGCCAUUGUGUGACCAAGAGGUGGUUUCCGAUUCCUGCGAUCGAAUCAGCCGGCGUCCCGGAACCUGGCCAGGCACCCCGGACGGAAAGCCGGACCGUGUUCAUUUUAGCGAGCUCCAGGGGCUGUUGUACACGACCUUUGACUCUCUGGCCAACUACAUGGAGUUCAUCGGUAUGGAUGAGCACAAUCUCGAAGAGUCUUUCAUGGUUCCGUGCAUGGAGCUCUGCCAGCUCACGGUGAAGAGCCUGCCGAGUAGCCAUGUACCACCCGCAUCCGACUGGGCUUGCUACGAUACCUCCACAGGGAUACACUGCGACAUCGAUGUCUCAAACGACGCCUUCGAAGGAAUCACCUUUGAAACCUACACAAGUGGAGGGGGAAGCAAGUAUGGAGAGAGACCGGUGUCUUUGAAUACAUCGCAGUUGGAUCGCAACGUCUAUUUCCGGCCGGAUCUGGUCUAUGUGGAUCCCGAUGCCGCAGGUACGACCCAAGUUCCGGAUGAGGUGGGCCUUGAUCAGCUGCGCAUCAGCAUCGCAAAUCUCUUCCGCAUCUAUCCGCCCUUCCAGGUCGAGUUCGAGGAUGGCACCGCCAAUGAGUCGGUGGUGGCAGACCCUUUGGUGCCUGAUUUCUUCGAGAAGCCGACGCAUUCGUAUGCGUUUGCGGAACUCCAGGAGGGCUCCGACGAGAAGGUCGUGAGCGACAGAAACGCUACUGCUUGCCAUGAGGCGAUUGUGGGAGCGGUGCCGCGUGAGUCGAGCCUUUGGCAGCGGAUCAAGCACAACGGCAAGACGUGCAAGUGUGCGGCGGGAUCCGUCGUAACGGGCGAAAGCUGGAAGUGCACCGACUCGGCGUUCGUCGAAGAUCGCAGGAAGUUCGAUCCUGCCGAGAUGAAAGGCCACGGAUGCAUGUGUGCUUCCGAGGACAAGGUCUUCGACAACUUGCCUGCGCAUUGCGAGGAUAAGUUCCCCACGAGUUUCCUGGAUGGGCAGUACCAGCGCCUUCCGUGCCCACGCUUGAAGAGUUAUUGCUACGAUCCCAAAGUGAAGACUGUGUGCCCGCGGACCUGUGGUGUCCAGUGCAACGUUGCAACGUCGGCUUCCCGUAAGACCUUUGAGCAUCCUUUGCCUCCUCCGGCCUUGGAUCCACCGAGGCAUAAGAGAAUGGGCAGGAAAUCCGGCAAAGGCGGGAAGAAGCUGUCAUGGGAAGAUGAAGCUGUACGCAUCGCCGUGAAAGCCCAAGCCUACACGGCGAAGGCUCUUCGAGCGAUGGGUUCUCGUCAAGUGCCGCACUUGGUUACCAAGUGGUUUGGGGCCAAUGAUGAUAUCACUCGCCAUGAAGUCCUGGGUAUCUUGAAUGGCGUCCACCGCUUACUCAGCAAUGUGGAUUACGUUUUCCCUGGCGAAGAUUGCACUCCGAGUACCUAUGCCUAUGUUUAUCCAGAUCCGCCGUGGAACAAAAACAUGCGUGGUCGCUAUGUCUUCCACUUGUGUGACCUCUACAUGAAUACGAUCGAAGGCGACAAGAUCGAGACUCUCACACACGAGGCCUCCCACCACGAAACCAUGUAUACCGAUGACGUUUGUGCAAAGGGCAAAGAAGAGGAUGGCAGCUGCAAAGAAGGCAAGGUAGCAUACGGACGCUGGACCUGUGAAAAGCUGGCGACGGAGUAUCCAGAGGAAGCCGUGAAGAACGCCGACAGCUAUUGCUUCUUCAUCAACGAUGUCGCACUGAAACCAUGA